ACGAUUCCAGCGCAUGCCCACUGUGCCACAUGUGGAGCGGUGCCUGUGUGUCCAGAGAGCAAAGAUUAUUACCAGUCAGUGAUCGGUCCUGAUCGGGUCGGUUCUGGUUAGGUCAGGAAGAAUGGCAGCAGGACCGGAAGGGAAACUGCAGCUGGUCCAGAGACACGUUCGAGCUUUUCCAGACUUCCCAAAGAAAGGGAUCCUGUUCAGAGACAUUUGUCCCAUCCUGAAGAGUCCAGCUGCUCUCACAGCGGUCACUGACCUGUUUGAAGAACAUGUGAGGAGCCAUCAGCUGCAGGUGGACCUGAUCGUUGGUUUGGAUGCUCGUGGGUUCCUGUUUGGGCCCCUGCUCGCCCAAAGGCUGGGUGUUGGCUUCGUUCUGGUUAGGAAGAAAGGCAAACUGCCCGGAGCCACGGUCAGUGUGGCCUAUGACCUGGAGUACGGCACGGCAGAGGUAGAGAUCCAGGAGGAUGCAGUGGCUCCAGGCCAGAAGGUUCUGAUUAUUGAUGACCUUUUAGCUACAGGAGGGACGCUGCUUGCAGCCUGUGAGCUAAUGAAGAAGCAGCAAGCGGACAUCCAGGGCUGCAUGGUGGUCAUCGAACUCAGAGACCUGAAGGGAGCUGACCGUCUGAAGCCUCACAACAUCUUCUCCCUUCUCCAGUACUGAGGAGUGGCACAGCGCCCCCUCUGGGUGGAACUCAUCAUCCAAAAAAACUAUAUUCCAAUUGAAUUGUUGUAUCAGGACCAAAGCUCCCUCCUGCUAUGUGCAGCUGAGAUUUUCUUCUGUUCAGAUGCUGAAUCUUCUUCUUCUCUGCCUCUGAAUAGAGGUCCUAGAUGGUUUGCAUCUAGGACUACGUAUCAAGUCCUAGAUGUAAACCAAACCGUUUCUUCAUCUAUAAGACAUGUAAAAGCCGGUGAAGAUCUAAAGCCAGUGUGUCAAACUAAUUUUCAUUUUGGGGCCCAUCAAGAUUUUAAAUGUCCUCAAAGGGAUUAUUGUGGCAGAAUUUAUAGAUAAAACUACCUUUUAUCUAUACUGAGUUUUAAAAUAUAACUUUCUCUGGAUUCAGUUUGUAAUUCUUUAAUAUUUUUUUUUAUUAAA